AUGUCAGAGGGGCGCCCCUCCGGCGUUUCAUGCAAAGAGCCACCAGCAGCUCGAACUGAAUGGAAGAGCGGUCCGACCUGUCAGUCAAUCCGUAAGCGUCAGAUCCUUCGCCAAAACGCCAGAGACCAGAAAUGGAAGCGCGAGGACCGGGCGUCCACCGUUGAGGUCCACAGCAUGUUGCACACCAAGCGGCCGGAUGAUCGUAGAGCUUCCGCACCGUACGCGUACGGUGCAAGAGGUCGGCCUUUCAAGGAGUACAAGAUUAAGUUCGAGGAGCGCAACCUACCCGUGCAACCGAAGCGCAACCGCAAGCGGCGUGAGCAGGGCGUACGGCCGUCCGUCGAGGAUGAGCAAUGUGCUCAAUUGCAAAACCAUACUACCUGCGGAAACCCCAACGCAGCGAACAAAGCUGAUGUACUGGGUGCCGAAGUUGUUGAGAAGCCGCAGUGCAUUCGCUCUCGCAGCCCAACGGAAACCGCGCGCGAAUCUGUCCCACUGGUGAAAGAGUAUGCGGAGUCAAAAGUCGUGCCCUCAACCGGGAAGAAGCGUGCGGCAACCGAGGUGGCCGAUGACGAGUCAGAGGUUCCGCACCCACAGGAGAGAUCAAAGGCCAAGAUACGUCGCCUUGAGACCGAAGUCUCCGAGCUCAAAGAGACGUGCACCCGUAUUGAACAGGACGGAAAUCGGCGAGUGCAGGAACUUGAAAUUACCCUCGAGCGGCGUAUCGAAGACCUGCUCCGGGCCAAGCAGGCCGAGAUGGCGUCGACUACCCCCAAGUUUCCGCAAGCAGGAAUCCCGCAGCCCAUACCGCACACGUCUCCACGAUCGAAGAUCCCCUACCAAGGUCAGAGGUCAUACUCCAGACAUGGAAUCUUCGCCCCUCCGGCGUCUCAGGCUCCUCGGCGGAAUACGAUGCAAAGCGCGGCUCCAACUGCACAAGCAGGCCAAUCAUAUCGAUCUGGGCUAUCGCAAACAAACGGGUCACCUGUUGUUAGGGGCGCUGUUCAAACCGCGUCUACAUCAGAAACUAGCCGCCCUAUCCCGACCGGUCCACGUAAUAAAUCGCAUGCGUACUGCAGGUGUAUCAACCUGCACCGGGACUUCCUCAACACCGUCGCGAUACCAUCAAUCGACACCUGGCCCAAAGCUGAGCUUCAAGAGUAUUACCGGUGCAUCAAGCAGAUCGCCAACUGCAAGGCACAUAACAAGCUAGGCAAGGCAUGCAAGAAGUUCAUGUCUGGAAUGCAGGGUCGGGAAGCUUUCGGCGCCGGCGCGCAUAGAUCAUAA